UCACUGAAACGAAUUAAAAAAAAAAAAAAAAAAAAAAAUCUUUGCCUAAACGAAGAAGAAAAAACAUGUUAUCCCUAUUUUCUCAUUCCGCUCGCGCUCUCAUAUUUAUCCAUCUUCUGCUUUCGAAGACGACCGCCAUUUUCUUAAUUCAAUGCUUCGUUUAGCAUACAGUUCGUUUUCCUCCCAUUUGUUCUUCUGAAUUUCAGGUAAAUAGUUGUGAAGUUUCUUUUUUGCACGCUCCCUUUUCAAUUGGCUGUCCAAUGACAGAAGCUGACAGUGACAUUAUUAAACCGGAGAUGUUGAAGGCUUAUGUGUGGCUUCAAACUUCUGAUGGUUCAAUACAACAAGUAGAGCAAGAGUUUGCUAUGUAUUGUCCAUUUAUAUGUCAAGAAAUACAAGCAGGAAUGGGAUCGUCAAAGAAUUAUCCCAUAUCUCUUCCUCCACGGGUCAAUCCUGCUAUGCUGAGCCUGAUUCUUGACUACUGCCGAUUUCAUCAAGUACCAGGCCGUUCUAACAAGGAGAGGAAGUCCUUUGAUGAGAAGUUUGUCCGAAUGGAUACUAAAAGGCUUUGUGAACUGACAUCUGCUGCUGACAGCCUGCAGCUGAAGCCGCUUGUUGAUCUUACUAGUCGUGCUCUUGCAAGGGUGAUUGAAGGGAAGACCCCAGAAGAGAUACGAGAGAUAUUUCAUCUACCUGAUGAUCUCACAGAGGAAGAGAAGUUGGAGCCUAUCAAAAACACCAUGGAUGAUCCAAGGAUUCGGCUGUUGAAUAGGUUAUAUGCUAGGAAGAGGAAAGAAUUGAAAGAAAGAGAGAGAUUAAAGACUGCUGAGGCUGAAGAGGAGCAUGCUGAUGAGCGUUCGGUGGAUGACCUCUUAUCGUUUAUUAAUGGAAGCAAUGAAGAUUCUCGGGGGACUCGGACUUCCAAAACUAAAAAGAAGAACCGUAAGAGGAAAGAUCAUCACAAGACUGCUCCUCCAAACUGCACUAGUACUUCAAACAUCACCUCUUGUUCAAGCAACUCUGUAAAUAUGGAUAAGAAGGAACUGGAUGCCCGUCAUUCUAUGUACAGUAAUCCUUUGUUACAUGGCAAGCUUCUGACUGACGUCUGCAACGCUACAAAGUUGUUGGAUAUUGAAGAUGACGGAUUAGCAGCUGAAGAUGAGUUUGAUGAUUGCGAUUUAGAUGAUGAUAUUGACCCUGCAUUGAAAGAACAAAUUGAUAGGGAAGUGGAAGACUUUGCGAGAAGGUUAAAUUCAGAUUGGCCAGAAAGAAUGCAAGAGAUUCUUUCUCUUGGUCAACAGAGAAGACCGUUACAGGUGACCAUUAACGGGAAUGGUUCUUUGAGGAGAUUUACAAGCUUAGAUCAGCGCCAGAAAUGAUCCGCUCAACAAACCUAUCAGAUUCAAAAAUGGAGAACGACCAGAAAAAGAGUUUGGUCAACGUAUUUAACAGAGAGGUUGGUUAUGGGUUGACAUUCGAGUUCAUCGGCAAAUUCUUUCGAUAUUUAUCAGAGAUUCAAUUUUGAUGCUUGAGUUAAGCUAAUGUAUCUUUAUUACAGGAAAAAAGAAAAAAAAGAAAAGGAAAACAAAUAAGUAGCCAAUACCAACCAAUUUUGCCUCUCUCUUUCUUUUUUUUUUUGUUUUUUUAAUUUAUUAUUAUUUUUAUAUUUGUAUUUUAAUAUUUUGUUGCUAUUUUCCUCAUUUAGUCAAUGAUGAGACUUUUAAAAUUUAGAAUGUGUAGGCAUAGACUUAUAGCUUUGAUUCUCUUGACUUUUUUUGAUUACAAGCCAAGUGAAUUAAAUCAUUGUAAAUAUCAUUAAGUUAAAUGUAAUUGUAUUGAUUAA